GUAAGAAGGAAGAAGAUAUAACUUGUGUUAUUUAUCCUUUCUAUGAUUUAUUUAUGGUUAUAUUAUAACGAAAAUUUAACUAGAGGAGCUUCUUGCUCUAGAUAUUACAAAUUACAAAAACAAAACAAACAGUAAUAACUACUGUUAUGGUCGGUCAUAAGUAGACGAGGCGUUUUUAACCUUAAAAGGUUGUUGCUUAUUUGCUACAUAUUCAAAACUUCCAAAAAAUGGACGACGACGAGGGCCUACACCGCCUCGAAGGUACAACGGGUAGUGAGAAAGGCGGUCUCGUCGUAAAAAAGAAAAGCACCAGCACUUUCAAGGUGCCCCAAGUAUCUCUUCUCGGAUUGGACCGUUUGGCGGCGGCCAAGCGCCGUGAAAAAGAGGAGACAGCGAGGAAAAUGUCUUUUUCGAUGGAUGACGAGGUCGCCGCAGAGAACGCUCACGACAGUCGUAACUUAAUAAAAGACGGACGCAAGUUCCGCUCCGCUGCAGAAGAAACUCCCACCUACACAGGCGGGGUGAGUAAAGAAGCGAGGGAACGUUUACGAGAACGCAUGAAAGACAAAUACAAAGAGAAAGGCGUGUAUGCGUCGACCAAAGAUGGACGCGAUAAGGGCAUGCGUCAGGAGAAAUCAAGUAGGGACAGGUCGGAAAGGAAAAAGAAUAAGUACAGUUCCCGUAGGGGCGAAACACCAAGGUUUAGGGAUGAGCCCCGUACGCCAAAUAUCAAAGUGAAGGAUAACCCAUCUAGAAGUUCAUGGGAGGAUGAGGACGAUCCUUCACCCGCUAAAAAGUCUUCCUGGGAUUUUCCCACACCUGCAUCUUAUAAAAAGGAGGACUCAAAUUGGUCCGAGAGAAGUUUCAAGACUAAAUACGACUCCCAUCGAUCAUACAAACGUGAGAAGAGCUCAAGGGAUGAAACUCCCAGGCCUACACCCGCACACAAGUUCAACAACUGGAUGAAAGACAGGAAGAAAACGGGUGCGACUCCCGGCGUGGAACCAUCGAAAUGGGAUGCCACAGUUGAAAGGGAAAACUGGGAAGAGGAACAAAAAAGAUUAGACAGAGAAUGGUACAGCAUGGGAGAGGGGUACGAUGAUGAGAACAACCCCUUUUCGAGCGUGAGUGAAGAGUAUACAAAGAAAAAAGAGGAACAGCUGGAGCAGAGGAAGAAGAAGAGACUGUCAGCGCAGCAAAGGCAAAUCAAUAAGGACAAUGAGUUGUGGGAGAGGAACCGGAUGUUGACUUCGGGAGUGGUUCAGUCCGUGGACGUGAAUGAAGACUUUGAUGAAGAAUCCAUUGACAGAGUUCAUUUGCUGGUGCAUAACAUAGUGCCACCAUUUUUGGACGGGCGCAUCGUGUUCACGAAGCAGCCUGAGCCGGUAGUUCCAGUUAAGGACGCCACCUCGGAUAUGGCUCUGGUGGCUCGCAAGGGUUCCCAUCUUGUCAGGGUUUAUAGGGAGCAGAAGGAGAGGAGGAAAGCGCAGAAGAAACACUGGGAACUGGGCGGCACAAAGAUAGGCAACAUAAUGGGCAUUAAGAAGAAAGAGGAGGAGGAAGACCGCAAAUACAACAAAGAGGACGACAGUACUGAUUACAAGGCGGAUCAUAAGUUUGCGGAGCACAUGAAGGGCACAAGCGAGGCUUCUAGCGAAUUCGCGCGAAAAAAGUCGAUAGCGGAACAGAGACGCUACUUGCCCGUGUUCGCAGUUAGGCAGGAAUUGCUGAACGUCAUCCGGGAGAAUUCGGUUGUCAUUAUCGUGGGCGAGACGGGAAGCGGAAAGACCACGCAGCUGACUCAGUACCUGCAUGAAGAUGGGUAUAGCAAGUACGGCAUGAUCGGUUGCACGCAACCGAGGCGAGUGGCCGCCAUGUCCGUGGCAAAGAGGGUGAGUGAUGAAAUGGGUACCCAGCUCGGCGACGAAGUAGGUUAUGCCAUCCGAUUCGAAGACUGUACCUCGGAGAACACGGUCAUCAAGUAUAUGACGGACGGUAUCCUGCUGCGCGAGAGUUUACGCGAGCCCGACCUCGACCACUACAGCGCAGUCAUUAUGGACGAGGCGCACGAACGCUCCCUCAGCACUGACGUUCUCUUCGGUCUGCUGCGCGAGAUAGUUGCGCGCCGGCACGACCUUAAACUGAUCGUGACGUCCGCAACAAUGGACUCGAGCAAGUUCUCGAUGUUUUUCGGAAACGUACCUACGUUUACGAUACCAGGUCGCACCUUCCCCGUAGAGGUGCUCUUCAGCAAGAACCCCGUCGAAGAUUACGUAGACGCGGCCGUCAAGCAGGCUCUGCAGAUACACCUGCAGCCACCAUCGGGCGACAUUUUGAUUUUCAUGCCUGGUCAGGAGGACAUCGAGGUGACCUGCGAGGUGUUGGCCGAGCGGUUAACGGAGAUAGAUAACGCCCCCGAACUGUCCAUCCUGCCGAUCUACUCGCAGCUGCCGUCCGACCUGCAAGCGAAAAUCUUCCAGCGGUCGCCGGAGGGCAUCAGGAAAUGCGUGGUCGCCACUAACAUAGCCGAAACGUCGCUAACUGUCGAUGGUAUCAUAUUCGUUAUCGAUUCCGGCUACUGCAAGCUGAAAGUUUACAACCCGAGGAUAGGUAUGGACGCUUUGCAGAUCUACCCCAUAAGUCAGGCAAAUUCAAACCAAAGAUCGGGAAGGGCAGGGCGUACGGGACCCGGUCAAGCGUUCCGCCUCUACACCGAGCGCCAGUACAAGGACGAGUUGCUGGUCACAACGGUGCCCGAGAUCCAACGCACCAACCUGGCCAACACGGUCCUACUCCUCAAAUCGCUCGGAGUGCAGGACCUGCUUCAGUUCCACUUUAUGGACCCUCCGCCGCAGGACAACAUCCUGAAUUCGUUGUACCAGCUGUGGAUCUUAGGCGCACUUGACCACACAGGCGUGCUGACUAAGCUCGGCCGCCAAAUGGCCGAGUUUCCUCUCGACCCACCCCAAUGCCAAAUGUUGAUCGUGUCGACCCAAAUGGAGUGCACGGCCGAAAUACUAAUCAUAGUGUCGAUGCUUUCGGUGCCCUCGAUAUUCUACAGACCGAAGGGCCGCGAGGAGGAGUCGGACGGGGUGAGGGAGAAGUUCCAGGUGCCCGAGAGCGACCACCUCACGUUCCUUAACGUUUAUAAUCAAUGGCGGCAGAACAAUUACUCGUCGCACUGGUGCAACGAGCACUUUAUUCACGUGAAGGCGAUGCGAAAAGUACGCGAGGUCAGGCAGCAACUCAAAGACAUUCUAGUACAGCAAAAGUUCGAGGUCAAGUCGUGCGGUACAGACUGGGACGUCGUAAGAAAAUGCAUCUGUUCCGCUUACUUCCACCAGGCGGCCCGUUUAAAAGGCAUCGGAGAAUACGUAAACUGUCGUACGGGAAUGCCGUGCUACCUUCAUCCAACAUCUGCCCUUUUCGGCCUCGGCAACACUCCCGACUACGUGGUGUACCACGAAUUGGUAAUGACCGCGAGGGAGUACAUGCAGUGCGUCACUUCGGUCGACGGUCACUGGCUCGCCGAGCUGGGACCUAUGUUCUUCUCCCUUAAGGAAACGGGUAAAUCGGGUCGGGCCAAGAAAAAGCAGGCGGCCGAGCAUCUGCUGGAAAUGGAAAACCAGAUGCAGGUGGCCCAAGAGGAGAUGAAGGCAAGGAAGGAGGCAGCGGAGAAGAAGGAAGCGGCCAUGCACAAGGGGCAGGAGAUCAUCAAUGCGGGAACCACGCCGAGGAGAACACCGGCGCGGUUCGGCUUGUAAUCUUUUUUAAAAAUAU